UGAGCCAUUUUCGUUAUUUUCCGUCUCUCGCUCGAUGUGGGGGAAGGUUUCACAGACGACAAAACGAGGGUUUUGUGUAAACGGAAAAGAGAAAGAAAGAAAGCUCAAGUUCUAGAGAGAGAAAAUCCUCAUUCAUCAACCAGAGGAGAGAGAAAUUCGGAGGAGGAGUUUUUGGAGCUCCUGUUUCUCGACCAGUCUGAAGCUAGGGUUUCGAGUUUUGUUGUCAAGCAUUGUUUCAUAAUUUUGACCUGCUGGUCUGCUAGAUGGAUGAAAAGGUUCUCUCAUCUCAUGCUCUCAAGGAUGGUAUAUGAAGCAUGAUGACACUUGAAGACUUUUUCACCUUGACUGAAAUAAAAAAUGGGCUUACAGCCCCAUGCAGAGUUGAGGAGUUGAUCAAUGUUAUGCAAAAGGAGAAGGAUUGUUUUGUGAAGAAUGUUAGCGAUGCAACUAGGCACUGGGCUGCUGUUGCAGGUGCUAUUGCUGCUACAGAGAAUAAAGAUUGUCUUGAUCUUUUUAUCCAAUUAGAUGGACUGAGCUUCAUUCAAAGAUGGCUUAAGGAUGCUCAAAAGUUUAGUAAUGAUACAAGUGAUAGCACCGUGGAAGAGUCUAUCAUUGUUUUGUUACAAGCACUUAAAAAGCUACAUAUAACUGCUGAGAAAUCUAUUUCUUCUGGGAUUUUGUUUACUAUUAAGGGUCUUUAUGAGAAUACUGACCAUGGAAAAUCUAGAUUUGGGAAAGAAUUGAGUGUACUUCUUGAUAGGUGGAUGCAGGAGAUUAAUGAUAAAGACUUGCUUCGUGAUGCAGAACACAUUGUACAUUAUGAUGAAGAGAAUUCAAAUCUUGCUCGUGGAGCAGGAAGGUCAUCUGCUUCAGGUGCAUCUGUUUCAAGAGAAUUAUCCAGUGAUGGAAAACAAACAGCAGAACCUGUUGGGGACAAGAUAUUAUCCUCUGGAAGCUCUGAUGCACUUCACCUAGAUAAGAUUGAGGAUUCAAAGGUUCAAUCUCCAAGAAACGAGCUCAACUCUCAUUCAUUUUCUGGAAAUUCAGUUGUGAGAGAUAGAUCUCCAGAUUUAGCAACAAACUGUGCUGUUAUGUUGGCACCGAUCGAGGAUGUUUUGAAGAAGGAUGAAACUUCUCUAUGUUCUGUUGGAGGAGGAACUUCAGUUAGUGUGGCUUCAGCUGCGAGGGAAGGCAGCGAUAAUGAACAGUUAGCUGGUUUAAAGAAGUCGAAUGAGUCACCAGAGCUUGAAAACCAUGUGAAUAAGAUUGAUGGCUCUUCUGGUAGGUCAUGCGUGACAGAGAAAUCAGAUAACUCUUCACAUUCUCCCAUGCAGGAUCCCGGAAGUGUUUUGGAAGGUUUUGAUGCUGCAAAUGGUGAAGAAUCUGCUAAGGAAGCUCCAGCUCAACAAGAUAAUGAUGGUCUUGACAAUGCUGGUGCUCGUCAGCGUAGUUCUAGUCUAGAUAGUGAGAGAGUUUCCACAUUAGAUUCAGCAAGUGGGAUAUCUGAUAAAAAGACAAAUUAUGCUAGCAUGACUGUGUUCAAACCUGCAGGCUUAGAUACUGACCGUUAUCGAAGUACUCUGCGGGAUUUGUCUAUGAAUGGGAGUCUAAUAGGAAAAUUUGAGGAACGUGGGGCUUCUUUUUCGAGGAUGGAAGACUUUGGGCAAGUAAAGGGAGACAGACAACGUCGGAGAAAGGAAGAUGACGGUGGAAUAACUAAUUCUGUUUUUUCCAAACCAAAAUUAAAUCCCAAAACUUCAAAUAUAAUUGAUAAUAGGUCAGACAUGGAACUUGAAUAUGGGAUAGUCGAUGCUCUGGAGGUUGCUCGGCAAGUAGCUCAAGAAGUAGAAAGAGAAGUGGUCGAAUAUAGAGAGCCAUCCUGCAGCUCUUCUUCUGAUAAAGUUUCUGAUGGUGGAAUUAGGCAGCUGGGUAAACCAGACUCCGUGUCGGAAAAACAGGACCUGCCAGCUGAUCUCCAAGGAAGGGAGGUCCAAUCUGCAAAAAGUCAUGUUGCUGAAUCAUAUUCUGAUGCGGAGACAUGCUUAACCCAUCCAGAUAAUUUAGAUACUCAACCAGAAAAUUUAAAUGAAAUGGAAUCCUCCAUGGUUACCGAAGCAGCUCGAGGGGCAGAAGCAAGUACAGAAAAAGGAUUUUGUGAAUUUGAUCUAAAUCAAGACGUAUUUAAUGAUGAUGCAGAGCAGUUAGCAACUCCAGUGUCUUUACCGGUAUCUGUUAUCUCUGUUUCAAGACCAGCUGCUUCUUCUGGAUUGCCUAUAACACCUUUGCAGUUUGAAGGGGCGCUUGGAUGGAGAGGCUCUGCAGCCACUAGUGCUUUCCGGCCUGCUUCUCCACGUAAAGUUCCUGACAGUGAUAGAACGCUUUCUAGUGGGGGAAAUUCUGAUAGUUCAAAGCAGAGGCAGGAUUUUCUUGACAUUGAUUUGAAUGUGGCUGAGACUGGAGAAGAAACCAGGAAACAAAUAGGAUCAUCUUUCCCACAAUC